AUGGGGGGCGUCGUGGCUCUGGACAACCAUGUACCGUGCCUUGACCGCAUCCUCCAAAGAUACUUCUACCUCUUUUCCAUCUUUUCCGGUGUUGAAAUCUUCCUGCACGCGCUCUGGCUAGCACUGAUAUGUCCUCCGUGUGGCAACAGCCCGGUGGUGUGGUCUAUCUUUGAUACGCCUCUGGAAGAGCUGACCACACCAAGGUCAAAAUCGCCUGGUGACGCGUGCGAGAAGUCUCCGAACGCGUGCGGGUCCAUGCAGGUGGAAGAUGGCGCCACGCCUUGCAGCAAUCUGUCGCAGUGCAGCCAGGAGAUGAUGAGCACGUCAAAAUGCCCAUCAGAUGGCGCUUGGACCUUUGAUGACGAGUGCGAGAAGUCUCCCAACUCGCGGCUCGAAGUGCGAAGUCGGCUCAGUGGCCAGAGCGGCGUCAGCACUGCGGACACGGCCGGUGCGGAAGUGCCAUCGCCGCGUUCCGAGGAUGACGCCACGCCUUGCAGCAAUCUUUCGCAGUGCAGCCACGAGAUGCUGAGCACGCACACCUUCGCUCCCCCCAGCUUGGCGCCUGGUGCCAAUGCGCGCCAGUGCUCGCAGGUGGAGUGGCAGCUGUGGUGGCUAUCGCUUGCGUAUGAGGGCGCGUGCCAGAAGCACCUGGAGCAGCAGCAAUGGCUGCAGCAAGUCGAGGCCCAAAACAACGAGUUGACGCUGCUGGUUGCAGCCAUCCGUGCUGAGAAGCGCGUGCUGGAGCAGCAGCUUUGCCGGCGUGAUGACGAGUUGUUCGAGGCCAAGGAGUGCUUGAUGACUGAGUUCAUACAGUAUGAGGGCGCGUGCCAGAAGCACCUGGAGCAUCAGCAGUGGCUGCAGCAAGUCGAGGCCGAAAACAACGAGCUGACGCUGCUGGUCGAAGCCCUCCGUGCUGAGAAGCACGUGCUGGAGCAGCGGCUUUGCCGGCGUGAUGACGAGUUGUUCGAGGCCAAGGAGUGCUUGAUGACUGAGUUCAUACAGUCAGAGGAGAAGGUGGCCGACCUUGGUGACCUGUGUGUGACAGCAGCUGGCAGCCCUGCCCGCGAAAUGCCGCUGUGGCAGCGAUUCCAGUCAUCCUGGCACAGUCAAGAGGGAAGCGGUGCGUCUUCGCCUUCUCAGAGCACUUGCGACAGCGACGUCUCUUGGAAGGAGGAGCUUCCAGAGUCUGCCCCUCACAACGAACCUGCUCGCGAAGAAGAUCUGCCUGGAGCGCUCCGGGCGGACAUGGGCGAAGUUCGCGAGGGAGCGUCGAGUCCGGUUGAGAUGUCUGUGAAAGCCUGUAUUCCAACUUUCGAAUUGCCCAGUCUGUUGCAGUACCUUACCGUGGAAAACAUACUGCAGUGGCGCUUAACAUCCCGGCAGACCGCGAGCCCUAGGGUCUUGACUCAUCACCUGGAGGAAAUGGGCAGGUUGGAUAGGUCCGAGUCGAUUCUCGAAUUUUCUCACUUGGUGAAUCUUGCGCUCCGACACCCUGAUGCAUUCGAUGCCCUUGGCCGUGAAGCUGAUGCCGAGACGGUGAAGUACUUUGAGUGCCGGGUGUGGUGCAUGCGGCUUGCGAGCGCAAGAUGGACCCACUUCGCAGACAGUGAUGCCCGCCGCAUCGUCCUAGCAAACCUUCGACACUUGCUUGGGCGCUGCUCGGAUGUGAGUGCAUCCGUGAGGAAAGCCGCUCACCAUAUUGUCAGAAACUAUGGGCUGGGUGGACUGCAUUGGGUGCGGCAAGUGAUUGCGGAAGCCAUGCUCGGUCGAAUGGAGAACCUCCUGGAGGAGUCCACCGAAAUCAGCGAAGAGGCCUCGACGCAGGUGAUGCAGUGCUCUGCCCAUCUUGAACUUAUUCUGCGUGCGCUGGAGAAGCCUCAGCGUCAGAAGUGGGUGUCCAUGCUGGUCAGAGUCCUAGUUGGUCAGAAAUCAUGUCCAAAGACCUUGAUCAAUGACCUGAAGCUCCUGUGGCGAGCUGAUGACGAUCCUGGACGAAGUUAUGCAGAAGCGGAGCGGCAGCUUGUGGCUCUUGCAAGGGACGCCGGCAGAGGAGACAUGCUGAACGAUCUUUGGGACAUCCUGGACUGUUGA